UUCAUUCUAUGAUGUUUGUGCAUAAAGUAAUGAAAAACUAGGCUGGAGACAUCUCGGUGCCUCACCCCUGUCGCUGUGCUUGUGAAACUGGUUAACCAUUACACAUCUGUCAUGUUGGUUUCACUCCCCAAACAGUUUCAUGCAGGUGUGCUUAGUCUCAAACCCAAGAUCUAGAAGCUCUAAAGUUUCCUUUAAGUAUUCUUUUUUUAAUAUAGUAUUACAGCUUUAAAAAAAAGUAUAAAACUGAAUAUGAUUAUGAAAAAUCAAAAGCAGACCACAAAUCCUGACACAUUUUAUGGGUAAAAUGUGUAAAACGUGUUGCUUUUUCCUGGAUGAAACAAAAACAAAUAAAAAGAAGUCCUUAUUACCGGUGAACCCUUUGCUAUGUAUUGACAAACACAAAAGAGAAUUGAUGUUAAGCAUGUUCUCACUUUCUUUUAAACCAUUUAAAAUGUAAUUGCUGUGACUGUUAGAUGUUCAUGCAAAUUAAAAUCAUUGUGUAUUUUCUGUUGUUGCUGUGUGUCAUAGUAGAGGUGACGAUUUACUCUCGAGAAAGGUCGUACCCGGAGUUUAUUCACAAGAUAAGGAAAUACUGAAUGAAUCUGAUGACAGUACUACUACUUUCCAUUGACACGGAAACAUUGACACUGAUCUUCCACCCAUUGCAGUGGCCUGAAACCCACCAGAGAGGCCUAACUGGGUGGGGGAAACACGAUGAGUAGGAACAACGUGCUUCUGAAAGUGAUCCUGCUGGGAGAUGGUGGAGUCGGGAAGUCCUCUUUGAUGAACCGCUACGUCACAGACCGCUUUGACUCGCAGUCCUUUCACACCAUUGGCGUAGAGUUCCUUAACCGAGACUUGGAGGUGGAUGGGCGCCCGGUCACCCUUCAGAUCUGGGACACGGCAGGUCAGGAGCGCUUCAAGUCACUUCGCACGCCAUUCUACAGGGGCGCAGACUGCUGCCUGCUCACUUUCGCUGUCAACGACUUGCAGAGCUUCCUAAAUCUCAGCUGCUGGAAGAAGGAGUUUAUGUUCUACUCCGACGUUAAAGAGCCGGAGAGCUUCCCUUUUGUGGUGCUGGGCAACAAGGUCGACAUGGAGCAGAGGGAGGUUGGGGAGGACGAAGCGCGGGCCUGGUGUGAGGAGAACGGCUGCUGCCCUUACUUUGAGACCAGCGCUAAAGACGACACUAAUGUCACAGCUGCGUUUGAAGCAGCUGUCCGGGUGGUUCUAGCUGCUGAGGACCAGAUCGGUCAUGCACUACUCGGCAGCACCAUUGAUCUUCACGGCAACCGUAAAACCUCUCGUGGCUCAUGCUGCUGAUAGUGCAGGGGGCACUAAGCUUUUCUGGCUUAGUUCUGACAACAGGUGUACUGUAGGUUAAGGUACACAAUCCAGUAAGGAUACUAUGCAGGAGAUGCAGCUUGUGUGAGGAAGCUGGUUUCAGGGAUUUCAGCUCCUGUCUUGUGAGCUGAAUUGUUGCUCUUAUGAAGGUACAGGCAUUCUGUGACAGGCGCGCUCGUCUUUUCUGCUUUCAGUGCUAUCUCACAAGAUAUUGCAUCCUUCUCUGUUUAUAUGCGAGGGUAGUAUCAAAUAAUGGAAUGAAGCAUUGUCUUUUAUCUCGUAUAUUGGAAGACAAAGUGUCGGUUUUCUCAUAAAUGCACAGAAAUAUGGAGUUGCUAUGUUUUCGGAUCUCAAAUUGAUUAGGCCUGGGUUAUUGGUAUGAAGAUAAAAAUGAAAGUUGUGAUUUCAAUAAGAUGAAAGCCCUCCAUCGCAACACUCAUAUGGUUUAAAUUUUUUUUAAGGAGAUACAAGAGAAAGUGGGCAUUCAGUAAGGCAUAGUUGCCCCUCCUCCACUUGUUUUUUUUUUUUCUUACUUUUGGCUAGCUGACUGAAAGUAGACCAAUUUAGUAGUUUGAAAAUAUUUUCCAGCUAACCAUCACCUUUAUUAAAGUGGUGUUCUUUUAAAAGGAUUGUUUUAAGAAUUAUCUCAUAAGAUGUGUGAAGAGCCAUUACGUCAUGUUAUUCAUUUUGGUCCGCAUAAGCAAACUAUGAAAAUCUCUAACCACAUAGAGUCCCUUGACUAUCUGAGCUGCUUGUAUUGAUUAGGUUUGUGCCAGUAUGAAGGUAUAUCAAAGUUUUUAAAAAAAUUAUAUCUUUAAAACUAAUAUCUUCAGAAAUGCUGCGUUUUUUUUUUUUUGCAAAUAUUUUUAAUGAGAAUUUAUGACCGAACACAGUUCUUACUUUAACAUAAGCUUGUUUUCUUUUUUCUUUUUUUUGACCUGUAAUUUAAUGACUAAUAGAAAGCUCUUGUACUAUAAUAAAGUGACGAUGUUGCUAGAAUUUUCUUUGCCCCUCCUCCAUGUAUAUAAAUGUGCACUGCUGGUCAGCUUGCUCAAAGAAAUUAGGCUUUAUUUUUUCAUACUCAAAGACCAAUCCGGCCUAAAAAGACGAUUAAAAUGUUGAAAAGAACGCCAUCCUUCGCCCUCACUUGGGCGUUUUAAUGCUGCAUUUGGAAGCUUGAAGCUUACUGGUGGUCUGUUGUAACUAAAAUAUGCAACUGGAGACAACAGAGAAAAUUUCAUAUCAGCCCAUGCCUAAUAGUGAUAUACUAAAAAGUAUUAACUGUGGUACUAGUUACAGUACUAAAGCGUUGAGUUACAAGCAAAAGUAUGUGGUACACACAGACCGCUUGAGUACUACAGUUUACACAAAUGCUGACUGAGCUUCAAUUUGUGGUACGAUAAACUACAAAUGUUAGUACUCUUAAAAAAAAAGGCUACAAGGCACAUUCAAUAGAAAGGGAAUGUUGAUCAUCAGGUUUACCGUUUUGCCCGUGAGCACUAGUUUCGCGGCAGUCUUUUCUUUGCCUCUGCACUACGUUGAGGCUGGGUGUAAUUGAGAAUUUACGUCUCAAUUAUGUCCGCUAGUUUUUUAUGCGACAGUUUACCAGGCAACGAAUGCUUGUUGAACAAAAUAAUUCAAAAGUCGUUCUGCCUCUGGAAUUUUUCUUUUUUUAUUUCCAUCCAACAGUUAAAUUGGGCUUCAGUGUUUGUUCAGGGACAGUUGAGGAAACUUUUCCUUGCUAGGUUGAAGAGCUCUAAUUAUAAAUGGUCUCUGUAAUCCUGCGUUGGCCUCAACAUUCCAGUCUUCUAACUUUGCUCACCUGAGGGACUCCUGAGCAUUACUGAUAAUUGAUGUACAUUUCAUUUCUUUCAGUGUGUAUAUUUUACAUCACCUCUUCAUUCUUACAGCAUUCGGCAAAAACAUACAAAGUACUUGGAAAAGUUGUUUACAUCUGUCAUUGUAUUCACACACCUGACACUGGCCACAGGUACAUUUCACUUUGUUUUUAUUAGUGGUGGCCAGAAGGCUCUGUUUUUUCAUGUACGGUAUUGGACAAUGUUACAGCUAAUAGUAAUUUAAACUGAUCUGUCUUUAUGUAUAUAUGUAGUAUUUUUCUUGAUUUUUUUUCAGAUAAAAUGUAUCGAUUAUCUUUUUAACUAGAAGGUCCUUUAUUCUCGAAUCAUUAUGUUGCAUUUUGUUUGUCUGUCACAACCUGAGAUGCAUUGUUUACCUAUCAAGAUCAAAAGUUUAAACAUUUGUCUUUUUGAACUAAUGGUAAUUGCAAGAAUUCACUGUGAAAGUGAACGGAGUAAGGUACUGUUACAUUAAUCAAGCUAUAAGCCGACAAUGUGGAGUUUGUUUGUGUUGGGUCACUUCAUCUCUUCGCUACUUUGUACUACUGUAGUUUUAAAUUUUUUUAAUACAUGGAUGUUUCUGAUAUGAAAAAGAGAAGUCUGUUACAUGACCUAAAACCCGUUUCCGUCCACAUCCGUGUUGUAGAUGUCCCGUACUCACAUUGCCAACCACCUUCCACCAGCAGGUAUGCUGUAAGGAAAUGUGGCUUUAAAACUAAAAUCUACCCACCACUUCUUGCUCAGUUAUUUUAUUUUGAUCAGAUGUCUCUUGUUUUGUAAAUUAUGCAACAGCCUUACUAAAUGAGAUAUUUAAAUAUGAACCAUUUACACUACAAUAGGUGUAAAUGGUUCAUAUUUAAAUAUAGAGGCUUUAAACAUUUUUGCAAUUAUCUCUAUCUCCUACCAAUAGACAUGAAACGACAUGGGUAAGUUUAAAAAGGCAACUCUUUGGUGCAAAUUAACAAAGGGUUGAGAUGACCCAGGGUUGCAUUGUUUUACAAAAACUGUGAGCUAAAGAUGUAAUUUAAAGUCUACACCAACUCUUAAAACGAGGGCUAAUCGUUGUCAGUUAUUUUUUGUGAUUUAACUUUAUCUAUUUUCUUACACUGCUGCUUGAGUUUUAUCGAGUUUGCAUAGUCUGUCAUGCUUUUUUUUAAACCUGAAAUCCACAUUGUUAGUAAAAUCAGUGUUUGCCAAGAGCAUAACAUUCACUAUGUUCUGAUAAAUUGUCCCAUGUUUCUGUGAUAUUUAAUAAUGUCAUUUUUUUAAUGUUACAUUUUUAAAAUGUUAAAUACUUUACUGCCUGUGCUCAACUCAUGAGUGCAGCUCAGUCUGUGCAGAACAAUAGUUUCAUUUUGAUUAUGUGCUGAUCUGAGACAGCUGCCCUUCCUCUACUUUGCACUAGUAAAUAGAAACACUGAAGGCUUGAUCUCCAGUGCUUGGCUUCAAAUAAAGUGUGCGUCAUACCAGAUGGUGAUUCUGUCGUUUGCAUUUUUACACCUGGGAGACUACUCCUUUUUAAUUCUGAAACAAAAAUAAAUUACUUGGUCCAGAUCA